GUUCAGCAACAGCAGCGUAGCUGAGAAGUGAGAGACUGUGAGAUGAGCAACCAGUUCACAGAAGCUUAAGGAAUGCUCUUCACUUGAUUAACAACAAUCCAAAGGGAAAAAUAUGUACCAUGCCCAAGAGAAAGGAAGCAAAAGGGACAAAGGUGACCCUCAAAACUGCAAAGAAGGCUAUACGCACGACCCCAGAUGGACGGCGUAGACUCGUUCUUAGCAACAUGGGAAUAACCAUAUUCCCAAAGUGCCUCUUCAAGAUAACCUUUGUGGACGAGUUGGACUUGAGCCGCAACCUCAUAGAGAAACUCCCAGAAAACUUUGGGGACUUGUCAUCACUCAGAUGGCUGGAUCUACACAGUAACAAGCUAGUGUCUGUGCCCGAGUCCAUUGGCAACCAUAGGGGACUUACACACCUAAACCUCUCCAACAACUGCUUAACCUUUUCAGGUUUACCCUCCACCCUGGGCUCCCUGACUAAUCUGAAGAGUCUCAAUCUAGGAAUGAAUCAGCUUGAUGACCUGCCUCUCACUUUGGUGGCCUUGGAAAAUCUUCAAGAAUUGGGCCUGUUUGAUAAUCUCUUUAAAAAGUUACCACAAUUUCUGCAAGGCCUAUGCAACCUCACCAAGGUGAAUGUGAAACGAAAUCCUCUAUCAUACCAUCAAAGGAAAGAUGAGACAUUACUGAAGGGAAAGUCAGAGCAUAAGGAGGAUGUGUAUCUGGUCCAUGAGAGCAGCUUGUGUAGGACCUGCCUUAAAAGGUGUAAAGCAGAGAGGGAAAAGCUUAUUAAAGGAGGUGCGGAAGGGAGAAGGGGAAGGGAAGCAGAAGGAGUAGAUAGUUGCAUGUCUGAAAAGAAAAAGAAAAGCGCAUUUCCUGGCCUGGUGGCACCAAACUCAGUGGCUACAGUCAAUCAGGAUUUGUGGAGACUACGAGAAAAGCUUGAAUGUGUGCAAGUCAAAUGACCAGCAGGUCUCCUGAUGUCAACUUAUCAAAAAACAAAACAGCAGGAAAGGAUGGAAUGAUAGGUCAGUCACACAGCAUUUAAUAGGCGUGUGCAUUAUAUCAAGCUGUGACUAUUUUUGUAAGCUUAAUGUUUCUACUGAUGAUUAAAAAGAAAUUUGUUGAAAUAUUGCCUAUGGGUGGUUCUAAGAAACGCAUGAC